AUGCAGGUUGCUGAUCACUUGUUACGUAUGUUACAUGCUAGUUGGGGUAUAGUAAAUAAUGUUUGUAUAAAUGAACAGGAUUUUUCUGUUGUAAUGCUUACUCCCAAUCCCUUACUUCUUUUUGGGCUUCUACCAUUCAAAUGUUUCUUCGACCAAAAAGAUCAUGCAUUUACAGCACUGGUAUUUGUAGACGAUGUUCACUUUUUGUAUGAGGAACAACUAUGUCUAACAAUUGUUUUGUUCAAUAAUUAUUACAAAGAUGAUGUAUAUGUCUUAUCAUUACAGGAUACAAUAUCUGUAAACGUUUUAUCACCACUUCCAAGAAUAUUUAGUGGUGCUGGGAUAGCUAGUGUGUUAUUUGCAGUUUGCUAUCGUUUUUAUGGUUCAUAUUCUCCACUACUUGUCCAACAUUGCCUCCUGUUUGGUAAAUCAAAACCUCAGUAUUGUAAACCUUGGGAGUAUUUAAGAGUUCCUAAAAGAUGGUUUAGAUAUUUUUAUUUAACUGGCAUCGUCUUCACCUGUUGUGCCCUAUUGGUUGAAUUAUUUAUGCUAUCUGUCAACAAGACUAUACUUUCAGUUCUGAUCUUAUUUUUGGUGCAAGUUGUACGUCGAUUUUAUGAAUGUGAAUACGUUUCCAUAUUUAGUAAUGCACAAAUGAGUUUUAUGCACUUUUUGAUCGGUGUUGGAUUCUUUGUUGUCGCUCCUAUUUCCAUUUUACUUUCUCAAAGUAACGCAGCUGAACGAUCAUACUUGGCCAUUGUUUUAUUUAGUGUACACAUAUUAAUACUCCAAUAUUUACAAGAUUUAGUUAUGCAACAGUUGGCUGCUUUACGUACAGGAAAAAACAAAAGUGCAGGCCAAUCAUCGGAGAAAAAAUAUUAUCCACCUGAAGGUAGUAUGUUUCAUUGGGUAUCAUGUCCUCAUUACAUACUAGAAAUAGCAAUCUAUUUAUCAUUCCAAUUGUUUCUUACUCCAAAAUGGAUACCGUUCUCGCAUAUGUUACUUUUCACAGUGUGUAAUCAAUUGUGUUGUAUUUGGAUGAAUCAUAGUUGGUAUAAAGAAAAUUUCCCUGACUGGGCAUCUAAACGUGCUAUGCUGAUUCCUUAUGUAUGGUGA